UAACCACUUGGUACGCUUCAUGAACUUGCUGGUAGCAUUUCCAUUUCCCUCGUAGCCGCAAGUUUCGCCAUCGCAUACGACUUACAUGAACGUUGUAUCCUUCUAAACCUACCGAUAAAUAAAUAAUGAUAGCUUGUUGCUCAGUUCAGUCGGUGCGGCGGUCGGUGCAAGCCGCGGUCUAGGAGAGAGCAUUUCAACUUGCACAGAACGGUUUGGCUUCUCUCAUCUUGCUCUUGUACAGUUACAGUGAAGCCUAGAAAACCGCAGUAAUCAUUGCGUUUGUCGUCCAUGGCAUUUUCUCCGUCGUCAUAAGUGUUUUGUUACAUAUCUGCAUUUUUUGCGUGACUACGUAGAAUUAAAGAUGACAUACUCUACUCUUUGAUUCUGUGAUUGAAAGUCUGUUAGUCUGCCUACCCAUAUACCGAACACGUUUAAGGGGAAAAGAGAAAGAAGGAAAGAAAGGAAGGAAGAAAUAGCGCAAAGAAAAGAAGUAAAUUAUUUGAAAUAGAUGACUGUAACAAUAACGACCAAGCACCAUGAAGUAGCGACAGAUGAUAAUGAUAACGAAACCUGCUGUACAACAGAGGAAAAAAUGCAUCCCCAAGAUUACACCCAAUCCCUGCUGGAUGACCUUCCGCCAGUAAAAGAGGAUGACUGUAUUACAGAGGAAGUAGUUUAUGAUGAAAUUUACUACGAAAAGUCAAGAGUAUUAUUAGAGUACCAAGAUGCACCUGAAUACUUGAAGCACAACCCUUUUAUCCGAAAAGGUUACCGACAAAUGUUGAGUACUGAGCUCUGUAUAAGAAGUUUAUUUUGGUGGACAAACGAAACUAUCAACAUAUGGUCACAUAUAUUCGGUCUGUUUCUUUUCCUCUGCCUUACUGUCUACGAUUUCAUGAUUCUACGGAUUCAAGCUACGUGGGGAGACAAAAUUAUAGUGGCAAUUUUUUUAACAUGCUUUGUGUCAUGUAUGGGCCUUUCAGCUAUGUAUCAUACGUUUUCAUGUAGAUCAGAAGUGGAUUGCUACCGAUUUUUAUCUUAUGACUUAUUUGGUAUAGCUUUAUCUCUGCUAGCCGUAUACACGUCUGGAAUUUACUACGCAUUUUGGUGUGAGACUGAUCUGCAAUUGUUUUACUUGUCAUCGGUCACUUUGAUAUUCUUAGUGGCUAUGAUUUUGCAAAUACCGUCACUGAACGUCGACCCCAAUGUGAAGAUGAUAGUAUUUGUCGCAUGGGGUUGCUAUGGCGUUAUUCCAACAGUACACUGGAUUUUCAAACUGGGGGGACUUGAUAAUCCAGUCGUAAAUUUACUGGUGCCUCGAGUCCUAGGCAUGUACGGAAUCAGCGGGACUGCCUUCCUGAUCUACAUAACGAAGAUUCCAGAACGCUUUUGUGCUGGUCGAUUUGACUUUAUCGGCCACUCUCACAACUGGUGGCACUUGUUCGUCCUAUUGGCACUCUAUUACUGGCAUAACAGCGGACUCGUUUAUAUUGAAUACAGGCUCAAUCAUGCUUGCCCUAAUAAAAUGAAAUUUCCUUAAGC